AUGCAACAAUCGAAAUUCGUGGUAGUCGAAGUGACUACCACGACCUCCACCAUGACCUUGAUACAGUAUCUGAUCACCAACGGUUUCGACAAAUUCGCCGUCUUAUCAGAUCUGUCCGAUCAUCCCUCGCUCAAAUACAAAGUGACCUCACCGGCCAGCGGAUCACAACCGAAUAACGGCAAUGAACGGCAUCCACCGAAUGUGGUGGCCACGAAUGAACGCAAUGGCAAACCGAAAGUGUCCAUCAAUGAGAUCGCUUCGGCUUUGUCGAGAAAAUCAUCACCGUCACAACCAAAGAAUGGAUUCUGCGUGAGUGUGUGUGUGCGGUCUCUCAACUCAAGCCCCCACAUUUCCUCUGUUCCCCCCCCCCCCCCAUUUCUACAGCUCUUAUUUGCUUCUCUUCAUUCCAUCCUGCGCGAGGAGAUCGGCUUAGCAUUUGCUCUUUUUAAUAAUCUUCGUAAUCAUUCCGUUUCCAGAUCACCGGAGCUCGACGACGUUGGCAUUCUUGACUCCUCAACAGUGAACCUAUCUGGAACCGACACAAAUGGCGCUCACGACACUGACCACGGGGCCGAUUCCAGUGACGGCGGACUCGGCCCGUCAGAUGAGCAAGUCCGUGCAUCUAUGAUUCAUCUGUUGAAUCCUGUGCUGGGAAGCGCUUUCGGGUUGUGUGGAAAGCCGACGACGUUGAAUUCGACCGGAUCUCGAUGGAAUCUACUUCGACACGUCAUAAUGAUCCAUUCGGAUUCGAAACCUUAUCAAUGUUGGGAUUGCGAUUUUAUCGGCAUCAAAAGCAACGUCAUUUCGCAUGCUCGUCAGACUAAUCAUCGCAGCGAUGAUGCUCACGAUAUAACGACCGAUGUGAUGCGAAGCGAAUGGAACACAAUGCUGCACCAGUGCUUUCCUGAUUACGUGAAGGCGAAAUCUCGUGGAUGGCAAGCCAGUAACGAUGACGCCGACGCUGACGCUGUUGUCGCUGCGACCAUUGAAUCGCCCGAAAUCAAAGCCGAGCUAUAA